UGCACCAUACUGCUGUCCUCCCCUCCUGUCGUUAUAUCAUCUCGUCUCUCAGGCGUGCACCUUGUGGAAGCUACGAGCCCAUUCACCUCACAAAGAUGUUUCGUCUACCAACAAUCAUGAAGCAGGUGAGGCCUGUGUGCAGGGCGCUGGCUCCUCACCUCACACGAGCCUAUGCUAAGGAUGUGAAGUUUGGAGCUGAUGCUCGUGCCCUCAUGCUGCAGGGAGUGGAUCUGCUGGCUGACACUGUGGCUGUCACCAUGGGCCCAAAGGGUCGCACUGUCAUCAUUGAGCAGAGCUGGGGCAGCCCUAAGGUCACCAAGGACGGCGUGACAGUGGCCAAGAGCAUCGACCUCAAGGACAAGUACAAGAACAUCGGGGCCAAGCUGGUGCAGGAUGUUGCCAACAACACCAACGAGGAGGCCGGUGACGGCACCACUACCGCCACAGUGCUGGCUCGUGCCAUCGCCAAGGAGGGCUUUGACACCAUCAGCAAGGGUGCUAAUCCUGUGGAGAUCCGCCGUGGUGUCAUGAUAGCUGUAGAAACCGUCAUCAAUGAGCUGAAAGCUCUCUCCAAGCCAGUCACAACACCUGAGGAGAUUGCACAGGUUGCCACAAUUUCAGCCAAUGGAGACGUGGAGAUUGGUACCAUCAUUUCCAAUGCCAUGAAGAAAGUUGGUCGCAAGGGAGUCAUCACUGUCAAGGAUGGAAAGACUCUGCACGAUGAGCUGGAGAUCAUUGAGGGUAUGAAGUUUGACCGUGGUUACAUCUCCCCAUACUUCAUCAACACCGCCAAGGGCCAGAAAUGUGAGUUCCAGGAUGCCUACCUGCUGCUGAGCGACAAGAAGAUCUCCAGUGUACAGAGCAUUGUGCCAGCCCUUGAGAUCGCCAACCAGCACCGCAAACCUCUGGUCAUUGUGGCUGAAGAUGUGGAUGGAGAGGCUCUGAGCACCCUGGUUCUCAACAGGCUCAAGGUUGGUCUGCAGGUGGUAGCAGUCAAAGCUCCAGGCUUCGGAGACAACAGGAAGAAUCAGCUGAGAGAUAUGGCCGUCGCCACCGGGGGCACUGUGUUUGGAGACGAGACUUUGGGCGUGGCUCUCGAAGACAUCCAGGCUCACGACUUCGGCAAGAUUGGUGAGGUACAGAUCACUAAAGAUGACACCCUUUUGCUGAAAGGAGGCGGCAACCCAGCUGAUGUGGAGAAGCGGGCGGCAGAGAUCAUUGAGCAGCUGGAGAGCACCACCAGCGACUACGAGAAAGAGAAACUCAACGAGAGGCUGGCCAAGCUCUCUGACGGAGUGGCCGUGCUCAAGAUUGGAGGAACAAGUGAUGUGGAGGUGAACGAGAAGAAGGACCGUGUGACCGAUGCUCUGAACGCCACACGGGCAGCUGUGGAGGAGGGCAUCGUACCUGGUGGAGGCUGCGCUCUGCUGCGCUGCAUCCCCUGCCUGGAUACCAUCAAACCUGCCAACUCUGACCAGAAGCUGGGUGUGGACAUCAUCAGAAGGGCACUUCGUAUCCCCUCCAUGACCAUCGCCAAGAACGCCGGUGUGGAAGGUUCACUAGUAGUGGAGAAGAUCCUGCAGGGACCAGUCGAGAUCGGCUACGAUGCCAUGCUGGGAGAGUACGUCAACAUGGUGGAGAAGGGCAUCAUUGACCCCACCAAGGUGGUGAGGACAGCACUGCUGGACGCAGCAGGAGUAGCUUCCCUGCUCUCCACUGCCGAGGCUGUCGUCACAGAGAUCCCCAAGGAGGAGAAGGAGAUGCCAGGAGGCGGCAUGGGAGGCAUGGGAGGCAUGGGCGGUAUGGGUGGCAUGGGAGGCGGCAUGGGUUUCUAAGCCAAGCCUCCUGACUUGCUGUACAGACUAAUCAGCAGAGUGGUGCUUGGGGGUGGCUGUGGGACAAAAGUACCCUCUAAGAACCUGCACCCACUUCCAGCAAAAUCUGCCCACACUGACUGACUGACCAUGAGUAUGUUGGAGCCCCACUACUUCACAUGAUUCUGCCUCCUGCCUCUUUGUUCUGGAGGAGCCAGCAUCGCCUGAGUCUGCGCUUCUGUCCCAUUCAUCCAGUCUGCCCAGAAACUGGGGAUGAGAGCCCAUCAAGCCCAGUUACUACAGCAGAACCCUCUAUACAGCUUGAUUUUACUCCCAUGGCCCUGUUCAAUGACACAUUGACAUGCGCACAAAACUCAUAGUCCAUAAAGUUAAAAGUGCUUGUACAGGUGAUUUUGAUCUCUGUAACAGGUAGUUGUGAUUUAAAAAUGGUCAAUGAAGAAGCUUUUACAGAAACUAACAUAGCAUACAUAAUAAUGAUCUAUAUCACUGCAAAGAGAGCAGACCUUGAACGAGAAAAGAUGCCUAGCCAGGAAUGUGUCACUGUCCUUAUUUUCGUCGUAGUAUUUUGUUAAUUCAUGUUUUUGUUUUUUUAUAUAUAUAUCUGUCCUGGUUUUGCCAGCUAAUUACAAAGUUGGUUAAAGCCUGUCAUUUGAUUUAAUUAAAAGAAUUUUCUUAUUGAACUUGAGCAUUUUCUGUGACUUUGUCUCUAAAGUAACGUUUAUUUAUCUGGUGAUGGGAAGGGGAAAAAGAUCCCUCUGCGUUCUGUGUUACUUGCCCUACCUUGUACAUGACCAUAAUUGGAUGAAGAGUGCCUAAACUUAGAGUUUGAGUAUCACCAGGGGCCUGGCUAAAAUAAUAUAAUGUUUACUGAUGUCGGUACUGGGAGACUUUUAAAUUCCUGCAGCAUUUUGAGUUUUUCAUCUCAUUGACUUGACUAUCAUCCUUCACAUUUAAUCAUCAUAAGGUCAGCUGAACUCUGAUUUCUCAGUGUAUGGCUGAUUGAGUGUGGGGUCUAACAGGGCAGCAAGGUCGGACUCAAGUUUCACAGCAGUUACAAAGUCUAAAUGGGAAAACAUGGUGCCCUUUGUGCAGUUAAACAUUGACCUUCAUUGGUGUGACACGUCUCCAUAUGCUCUGCUUAAAGUAUCAACUACAAAAAUGACAUAAAUAAAACGUAGCUGGUGUUUCUUACUCAGUACAUUAUUCUUCUGCAAGAUAACAAAUAGCUGUGAUCAUUUGACUUCUGUUUUGUACAAUGUAGACAUUGAUUUUGUGAUUUCUUUUGUUAAAUAAAUUUAAUUGUUCUGUGUUGGU